GAUUUAAAUUAUCUGAGACAGUUACAUUGAAAAACAUUUAUUAACCUAUUAAUAUAAUUAAAAAACAUUUUUAUUUUUAUUAAUAUUGCAAUGAAAUUGUCAAUAAUUUUAGCCUUAAUUACCGCCAUAUGCGCGGCACCGGCAGUCUAUAGUCCGGCUAACUUCGAGAUCCGGUUCCUAUUAUUCACUCGACAAAACAGAGUGAUCGAGCACGUUAUGACCCUGGGUGAUCACCAGGCUAUUCAGGAAUCGCAUUUUGAUGGAAGUAAACCGACCAAGCUCAUUAUUCACGGCUACUUAGACAUGCCUGAAUUGGAUCCGUGGAUGAAAUUGAUGAAGGACGAGUACCUGGAUAACGGUGAUUAUAAUGUGAUUAUUGUCGAUUGGUGGCAGGGUAACCACGGACUAUACGACGAGGCUGUACGCAACACUCACGUUACCGGGCAAGUGGUGGCCGACAUGAUCAAGGACCUACAGAGUCUAAAAGGCCUAAAACUGAGUGACGUCCACAUACUGGGCCACUCGUUAGGCGCACACGUCGCUGGGUUUACCGGUCAAGAUUUAAACGGACAGGUGGCCAGGAUUACCGGUUUGGACCCUGCUGGACCCCUUUUCGACGGACUCCCCGAAAAACUUAAUCCAUCUAGUGCCCUAUUCGUUGACGCCAUUCACACGGACGCCGACCCCCUAAUCAUCGGUCUGGGAAUCCACGAGAACUCGGGUCACGUGGACUUCUACCCCAAUGGCGGCCACAAUCAGCCGGGUUGUGAACUCCUGCCCAUACCGUGCAACCAUUUAGCCGCCCCUACUUUCUAUAUGGCCAGCCUUAAGGCGGACAAUCCCAAGGGUGUGGCCCUCCAGUGCCCCGACUAUGACACUUAUAAGGCGGGCAAAUGUUCGACAACCGACGCUGUCAUGUCAGCCACGUUGGGCGAGGAUGCCAUUAAAAUGAGCAUGUACAAACAACAAACACAGGGCACCAAGUUCUUUUUGAAAACCCAUUUACUGUACCCUUUCUUUGAAGGUUAAUCAAUUAAUGCUAAUAUAUAAUAUAGUAUCAAGAAAAUAGUGCAU